AUGGUCAAUUCUGUCCUAAUAUUCGAGCAAAAAGAAGAACCUAACUAUGGGCGGGCUGACAGCAGGUCAUUCAACCCGUACGGGUCGCCCAAAUCGACCCUCGAGACCAACAACGCCAUCAAAGACCUCCUCCUCCGCCACCACAUCGACGCCGACGAAGGCUACGUCUACGGCUUCCAGCACCCAGAAGACGUGGCUGUCGACCCGCUAUCACCAGGGGGAGGCCACAACGGGAGGCCACAUCUCAUCAAGAUCGGCCGCUCAAAGAACCACCAAGCGCGGAUGCGGCAGAUCAGCAAGAGGUGUAAGUAUGUGCCGCACACCGUCUUUGCCCACCCCACCCCCCAGCACGCCAUGGUCGAGCGCGUGGUCCACACGCAGCUGCACAACUCGCGGCUGAGAGACGUCGGCUGCGCCGGUUGCGGGACCAGACACGAGGAGUGGUUCGAGGUGGACGUCGGCCGUGCCGAGCACCUGGUGGCGCUGUGGAAGGCGUUCGCGGAGUGUCACCCUUACGACGAGCAGGGGGGGAUGCUGGCAACGUGGCGCGAGAGGCUUGAGCAACUCGACCUGGGCGAUGCUGACUGCUGGGAGCACUUUGUCCAUGGGACCGCUUCGGACCGGUCGAUGACGGGCUCGCCUCAGGAGCUGGAGGCUGAGACUGCACCUGUCGGAAUGGUUGCUGGUCAAAUCGGCUGA